GCCUGGGGGGCGGGCGGGUGGGGGUCCCCGGCCGCCCGGGCCGCUCACCGCGCGCCGCGCCCGCAGCCGCGCUCCGGAGCCAUGGCCCUGGGCGAGCUGGCGCCGCUGCGCUGGCUGCAGGAGAGCCGCCACUCGCGGAAGCUCAUCUUGUUCAUCGUGUUCCUGGCGCUGCUGCUGGACAACAUGCUGCUCACCGUCGUGGUCCCCAUCAUCCCAAGCUACCUGUACAGCAUUAAACAUGAGAAAAAUGCUACAGAAAUCCAGACUGCCAGGCCAGUGCUCUCAGCCUCCACCUCGGACAGCUUCCAGAGCAUCUUUUCCUAUUAUGACAACUCUACCAUGGUCACCGGGAAUGCCACUGGAGACCUGCAGGGGAGGCAGCUGCAUGAGACCACCACACAGCACAUGGUGAUCAACACGUCCGCCACCCCUUCCGACUGUCCCAGCGAAGACAAAGAUCUCCUGAAUGAAAAUGUACAGGUUGGCCUGCUGUUUGCCUCGAAAGCCACCGUCCAACUCCUCACCAACCCUUUCAUAGGACUGCUGACCAACAGAAUUGGCUAUCCAAUUCCCAUGUUUGCCGGAUUCUGCAUCAUGUUUGUCUCAACACUUAUGUUCGCCUUCUCCAGCAGCUACGCCUUCCUGCUGAUUGCCAGGUCCCUGCAGGGCAUUGGUUCCUCCUGCUCAUCUGUAGCUGGGAUGGGCAUGCUCGCCAGCGUGUACACAGAUGAUGAAGAGAGAGGCAACGCCAUGGGGAUUGCCUUGGGAGGCCUGGCCAUGGGAGUCUUAGUUGGUCCCCCCUUUGGGAGUGUCCUCUAUGAGUUUGUGGGGAAGACAGCUCCGUUCCUGGUGCUGGCUGCCUUGGUGCUCUUGGAUGGAGCUAUUCAGCUCUUUGUGCUUCAGCCAUCUCGGGUGCAGCCAGAGAGUCAGAAGGGAACACCCCUAACCACGCUGCUGAAGGACCCCUACAUCCUCAUCGCCGCAGGCUCCAUCUGCUUUGCAAACAUGGCGAUCGCCAUGCUGGAGCCGGCCCUGCCCAUCUGGAUGAUGGAGACCAUGUGUUCCCGAAAGUGGCAGCUAGGCGUUGCUUUCUUGCCAGCUAGUAUCUCUUAUCUCAUUGGAACCAAUAUAUUUGGGAUACUUGCACACAAAAUGGGGAGGUGGCUUUGUGCUCUUCUAGGAAUGAUAAUUGUGGGAAUCAGCAUUUUAUGUAUUCCUUUUGCAAGAAACAUUUAUGGACUCAUAGCUCCCAACUUUGGAGUUGGUUUUGCAAUCGGAAUGGUGGAUUCAUCCAUGAUGCCCAUCAUGGGCUACCUCGUAGACCUGCGGCACGUAUCUGUCUACGGCAGUGUGUAUGCCAUUGCAGACGUGGCAUUUUGUAUGGGAUACGCUAUUGGUCCUUCUGCUGGCGGUGCCAUUGCAAAGGCAAUUGGAUUUCCAUGGCUCAUGACAAUCAUUGGGAUAAUUGACAUUCUUUUUGCUCCUCUCUGCUUUUUUCUUCGAAGUCCACCUGCCAAGGAAGAAAAAAUGGCUAUUCUCAUGGAUCACAACUGCCCUAUUAAAACAAAAAUGUAUACUCAGAAUAAUAUCCACUCGUAUCCGAUAGGUGAUGAUGAAGAAUCUGAAAGUGACUGAGACCCUAAAAAGUCAUCAAAUAAUGUAAUUGUAUAAAAAUGUUUCCAGUGAAAUGACACAUCAGAACUGUCUUAGUCAUAUCAUCCAUCCCUGGUGAAAGAGUAAACCAACCAAAGGUUAUUAUUUCUUUUCCAUGGUUAUGAUCAGUUGCCAACAGCCUUAUAAAGAAAAAGAAGCUUUUCUAGGGGUUUGUAUAAAUAGUGUCGAAACUUUAUUUUAUGUAUUUGAUUUUAUUAAAUAUUAUACAAUAUAUUUUGACGAAAUAGGUAUAGUGUAAAUCUAUAAAUAUUUGAAUCCAAAUCAAAUAUAAUUUUUUAACUUACAUUCAUGAACACUUGGGCGAAAAUGUUAUAUUUUUUCUGAAUAUUGGUAAUGAGUGUUUCAAACUAAAGCAUACAUUAUCUCUUCAACUCUUCUGACGAGAAACUAGAAAGAAGUCUGAAAAACAACCAAGUAAGAAAGCAUGUUACACAGUGACACUGAAUGAGUGUUAUUUAUCUUGUAAUUACUAUCAAUAUAUUUAUGAGUUAUAAGCUAAUUAUCUCAAGUGCAGAGGACAAGAACUUGAGUCAGUCAUCUUUUGGAUCUACCCAUGAAUCUUAGUUGGCAUUAGUUUUUCAUGUAAUCAUCUACCUGGAAAGAGAUAGUUGUAAAUUACGUUUACAUGUCAUGUGGUUGGCAGCAAACUUCAAAGCCAAGAAGGGAAAAAUAGUCAAUGUUCUGAAAGCAGACAAAACACCCAUAUAGUCCUAAACUAGCUUUCUCCUUGGUUGUCUUACAAUAUGAAGGGAAAUUGAUGUUUAUGUACCUUACAUUGUAAAGAUUGUUAAACAUAAGGUUUAUUAACAUCUAGUUCAAGUUUUAGAACAAGAAACUUAAGAGACUAUUAGCUGCUCUGACUUGAAAAAUCAGAUUACUCUGUUUGCAGAUCAUCCAAGUUUUCUAGGGAUCUAUUAAAUACUAGGUUGUCUGAAGUUUAUUUUCUAGUCUCCUAAACAUUGUUCUCAUCAAUGUGAAAACAAUUUUUAAACAAGUAUGAAGGAAUGAAAUUGUUUAUGUCUUGGAUCAUAUAUUAGGAAACAGAUAAAACUAAUAGGGUGGUCAGGACACAUCCCCUAUCACAGACAGAAAAGAAAAACCAAACAUUUAAAAAUGUGUUACUGUAUUAUUUGUGUGUAGUGUAGUUAGCAUGACAACAUUGAUGUGCCUUUCUAGUUUAACAGCAAAUACAAUUAGUGAACACUGUCAGAGUGUGAAGAUAGUGUGGAAUGUCUCAAAUAAUAAUACUUGUUAAUCCUGCAGUUCUAUAAUCUUAAAAAUUACCUGUCAUUUUGUUAAGCUAAAAUUGUAUUUGUCUUAACUUGGAUAAAUAACUUUAGAACAAAGAUUCCUUCACUUUAUGACUUUUUCCUAGGAAAGUGGCUAAUACUCCUUUUGUUUCAUGAAGCUUUUCUGUGGAGCUUCAAUAUCAAGUCUGGUUUCCAGAUGCAGUGUGUUUGAAGCAAACAAGCUUCCUAGUCACUGAUCUGCAUUGGGCAAUAAAGUCAGCUACCUUGGAAAAUGGCUCUGGAGGAACUUUAUAUAGCUAAAAAAGGCAGGAUAGUUUCUAUUUCUUCAGGGGAGAGCCUUUAAAAAGAAUGUACUAUACAUUGGUUCUCUUUGAGGGUUUCUGGCUCUCCCUGUCCCCAAUAUCAUUUACAUUACUAUUUUACUUUUGACUUGAAGACGAUGCUUCUGUAAGAAUGACUGGGAAACACAUGCCUGUUGAUCCCUUGGGAGAAAAGAUAAAUGAACUUUUUGGAACUGUUUCAGGAGCAAAAGAUGUUGUGUCUGAGGCAAAAGAUUACAAGGUCUUUUAUAUGGCUAAUAGUCUGGGUUAACAAGACUGUGAGUUUUUUUUUUUUUAAUGUAUGUAUAAGAAAAAGAACAUACAGCUCUCUGAACAUUUAUUUUUCGAAGAGGCUUUUUUGUUUAUAUUUGGUAAUACAGAUACAAAAACCUUAAUGAGGUAGCAAUUAAUAUUCAACUCUUUCUUUUGACUGCUGCUAAGUGUAUCUAUCCAAGUCAUGUUUUAGCUAGUUUACUUAAUAAAUCUUCUGAACAAUGAACUGUGCCUGUUUGUAUUCAUUUAUAAACCAAACGUUGUUGGAAUAAAAUAUAUAAAGUAUCAUCAUUUUGAUUGUGGAUAUUUAAUUAAAAACUAUCCAUCUAUGCUUGCUUGUAGGGAUCAGGUAAAAGCCAUUCUGGGUUAAUCUGACCAUAAUUUCUGGCUUUCUAGUUUGUUUUAAAUUGAAAUAUGUAACUAGCUCAUUAUGUCAACUUGGAAAAAACCAGUAAGUUAUCCUUGCAUCUAUAAAAUUAUAUUGCUGUCCUGACUGUUAUGGACAAGUAACUGGAUCUAAUGAAAAUAACUGUAAUAUCCAGUUAUUUGACAUCACGGCGCUUAAAAUGGGGCCCAUAGGUACUGGGAAGUUCUGUAAAACCCUUGAAAUUAGGGACUUUUUGAAUGGUGUACACAUACAUAUCUUCAUGAAAGCCUACAGCUUUAGUAAGAUCCUGAGGGGGACCCACGACUCAAAAGGGAUAAGGGGAAUCUUCCACUCUUUUUUUGGUAAGGAAAACUCUGACCUCAACUUAAAAAUUAACACAAUGGAUUUUAAAUUAAAGUGAUUUUCAAUUUAUUUACCUUUAGAUAACUUAAGAUUGUAUUCUUUUUUAUCUUACAGUAAGAGCCAAAUAUUUUCAAAUUGCUUUAAAAAAAAUCAAAUAUACUUAGAUUUAGACUUUAACAGUACUCUCCAAAAUUGUUAGGUUGUGUUUUCUUCUCCCAGUAUCACAAAAUAGCCACAUAAUAUUUCAAGUACUGAUAUUGAAGAUAAGGCUUGAUAUGAAAAAAUACAGCUUAUUAAUUAUGAUUGCAAAAUAAUGAUAAAAUCAUUGAUCAGUUUAACUAACUCAUUCACCUAAAUACAAAUGUAGAAAAUAUACUUUAGCCUAAUUAAUAAUAUAUAGCAGAGGCAAAUCCAUAAAUUUGUCAAUUCACAAGGAAAAAGUUUUAAAAAAUUAAUGCUUUUGGACAGUUCUCAAAAUAACAAUUUUGUUUAGCAAAAGUGGAAUUUGGAAAGCUUGUCUGCAUGGCCAAACUAUACCAGAAGAUAAUUCCAUAGAGAUGCAGCAAUUACCUUUUUUCAGAUGUCAUCAAAUGAAGAUAUUGUUUUCUGUGGUAGCCUUUAUUAUUUUUUUAGCUAUUGAUAACAUAGCAUGGUAGCAAGAUUACAUCAGUAAUGUAAUAUAAUACAACUUUUUUCACUGAAGCCUUAUACCUUACUAUACUCUAGGCUAUUUGGAGUCUUCCCCCCUUGCACUAAAGUACAACUGUGAUGCCUCUCCCAGCAGAUAUAAAAAUAUUGUACUACAUUAAGGGUAUAUUUUACAAACGUUAUUAGCAGCAUUACUGAGCUUUCCAUAAUUCUGGUUUUACAGCAUUCAAUAGUUUUAAAACAU